AUGAGGCAUUCGUAUUACGUUGAUGUUCCUGAAUUUACCAGAGGGUGUCUGAUGGUACUUGAGAAAGUAGUGGUGUUCCCUGAUCAUUGACGCACGUCAAUUGAUUCUUUGGCUCGGCUGUAUAAUUUGACGUGACGUGGUCGCAUAUGAUGUAUUGUGUAUUGGCCAGUCUUCUUUGGGGAUUGGGCGUGGCCGUCGUUCAAGAUCAGACUCGAGUUCCAGGUACGUCUGGGUCUGAGGUGACAGAAGCUGUGGUGAACAGUAUCACAGAGUCGUGUCUGUUUCCGGAUGACAAGCUGUUCCUCAGACGCCUGGCCUACGUGGAGACGCACGACGGUACAGACGCUAAGACCUACAGACCUGGCUAUGAUGGGGGAAUCUGGCAGAUCGACCAGGACAAGUUCAACAUGAUCAAGAACACUGGCACCCUGUUCUCGGAUGUCAGCUCACAGUUUGCCAUCGACUGGAGCACCGUUCAGUGGUCAGAUCUCAGAAAGCCUCUGUACUCCGGGCUCGCUGCUGCUCUCUACCUGUCUACCAUUAGCGAACCCCUCCCGCAGGGUGCGGAGAAUCAAGGUUCCUACUUCAGGAAGUACUUCCAUGAUGACCCCCACUCGGCUCACAACUAUUACACAGCAGCGAAACAACUCAACAUUGUCUGUUCACGAACAAACCUGGAUCUGGCUUUUCUCAUGGACGCAUCUGGAAGUGUCUCAGCGGAUGACUUUGACAGUGCUAAAAGAUUUGCUCGUGACGUGAUCAAAAUAUUUCAAAUUGGCCCAAAUGACGUGAGGGUAGCUUUCAUCUCUUUCAGCACUGGUUACAGAGCCGAGUUUGACUUCAUCAAAUAUACGGCCAAAGAUGAAGUUCUUGGCGCCAUCGACAAGGUCACCAAGGCGGGCGGUGGAACAGAAACUGACUUGGCCUUGAACUUUGCUUCUGAAGAUCUCUUCACUGAUGCAAUGGGUUCACGGAAUGGUUCCUCCAAGAUUAUUCUCCUCGUAACUGAUGGUAAAUCCAACGCAAGUACAAGGACAAUUGCUGCAGCUCGACGAGCUCGCAAAAAGGGCAUCAUCAUCUUUGCUAUUGGUGUUGGGCGACACGUGGAUCACCUGGAGUUGGUGGGCGUGGCGAAUGCACCAUCGUGUACACAUGUGAUAGUGUUGUCGGGAUAUUCAGAUCUUACUGCUCUUGUCAGUGAAAUACAGCAACGAUCUUGUAAAGCACCGGCGGUUCUGAAGACAGGGACCUACACCCUACCUUGCUCUAAGGAUGAGCUGUACCAGAUUCUUACAGACGGUCCAACCACUCAAGUCACGGUUAGCGUGGAAAAUGGCGAAGUGGAUAUAUAUGGAUCGUCAACGUAUCAGUCGCCCAACAUAGCUGUCAACAGUUUUCACAGUACCGCCCUACCAGGAGUCCCGUGUGUGAUGCUUCUGAAUGCAGAUCAGGGAGCGCUGUAUCUGAAUGUCACCACAUCAGGACAUCGUUGUGCUGGCAAAUACACCAUAACAGUCGGCGACCUGGAGUGGGUUGCACCGUAUGUUCCGGUGAUAUGUGUUAAAGGUACCACAGCCGAUCUUUGCUCCGUGACGAAUAUCUACAAGAACAUCUACCAGUUCCUAUCGCCCCCGUACAGCAUCCUCAAUCCAUGCAAGCCCGGAGCCCCUACCAACAAGCCGCAUCCCCUGGACCAGACAAAGUUCAUCUACUGCGGCAGCAACGGAACCGACGCCGUUUUUCAAUGUCCACCCCACCACGUCUACGACCUUAGCACCAUGAACUGUGUCAUUGGAGAACCGUCAACAACCACCACCUCGACCACAACCACGACCACAACAACAACCCCAACCCCAACCCCAACCCCAACCCCAACUACAACAACACCUUCAACCACAACUACUGCAGACACUACUUUCGAACCUACAACCUUCCUUCCAGGCAACCCAUGCACCAAAGAACAUCUGGCGGAGGGUAUUUUCCUUUUCCCUUACCCUCCCGACAAAACGAAGUACAUUGACUGCUCCAACUUUCCAAACGUGGGCUUCAUCAAACAGUGCGAUGCCGGGAAGGUAUGGGACGAACUGGAUUUCAUUUGCAGUUUCGAGCAUGUGAUCAUUAACCAGACUGAACUGAUCUUUGAUUUGAUCCCCAACCCAUGCCGACCACAUCGGAACAACGGAGAUGUGUUCUUCUACGCUCAUCCCACUGACAGACAAAGGUACAUUCAUUGUGACCAGUACGGAAAUGGUUUCGAACAGAUUUGUCCUGGGAAUGAGUUUUGGCACGAGGAGCUUCUACAAUGUGUUCCAGAUGGAUUGAUUAUUGGUUGACGUCUGUACAGCGAAACCCCGUACCUUCCCGAUCGAUUUAUAAAUAUCCAUAUUAAUGAACCAUUGGCACGUAGUAUUAUUGUUUCAGUGUACAGUCUUGAAUGGACUUUUUUGGCUAUCGGAGUUUCACUGAACAAUGUUUAUAAUAAUCCUGAAUACUCGUAUUACGAGAAAUACAGAAAACUUAAGAUCACUCCAUUAACUGGAAGUGCCAUUAAAUACGAUAUCACUUAACGCGAAGAGAUCAUCGAUGUUCCUUAAAGAUCUAUUGUUU